UAAGCCCUGUGGACUAACCAUAAUGAACCCUGAGGAAAGUGAGCGGAUGUCUGUGCUCCUGUCUACAUCACUGGAGAGGUGUUUCAUAGGAACAGGGAAGAUUAUUAACAUGAAGAGGAGAAUGGUAGUUUUAAGUGAACUUUUGGUAAAACCUGAUUUUUAUGAACUCAUUAACACUGGAAGUUUUGGAGAAGGAUGCUAUAUAACGGGAUCCGACACAGACCAAAUGUCUGUAAACAAGAGAAUAGCAGUGAUGUACCCUGAUCAGUGUAAUAAUAUUCCUCAACACCUGGCACACAAAACUAUUCUGUGCAUUCGCGAGGCAGACUGCCGCCCCGGCUAUGUCCAAUUAUAGUUAGUUCAGCUAAAAUACCUAGAAGACGAAUGUUUUCAUCAUGCAAUAGUUAGAAUUGGGAAUUCAGUCUUUAUUUUCCAGCGAUAUCUUUAGAGAGGAAUAUGUCAAUGAACAAGCUACUGUCACAGGUCUGAAAUGUGAAUCCAAUGGACCAAGUAGUACAUGUUUCCUUACAGGAACAAUGGCAACGGAUAUAGUUCACUGUUUUCCAUGUAACAGUUGGCCAAAGGAAGCAAAUGAAUGGAUUACACGUACACGUCUGUAUGGAUGGCCACAUCCAACCUUAAUCAACAAGAUUGUAAACAGUGGAUGCCAUCUUGUUCCAGUUGGGGAUAAAUGUUCAGACGAUACAUUUUUACAAUGGAGAAUCUCAUUUGCAGCGGCAGAAAGAUCAUUGGUUCAUUCCUUUAGUCACAACCAAGUCAAAGUAUACGUGCUGUUUAAAUAUGUUUUAAGACAAAUUAAGGAGACAUUAAAAGAAACCAUUGGGGAUGACGACAUCUUGUGCUCCUAUUUCCUAAAAACAAUCUUGUUUCAUGCGAUAGAAAAUUCAAGCCAAAUGUUCUGGCAAGACAAGAACCUUUUCUAUUGCUUUUGGUUUUGUUUCAACAUUCUGAUUGCGUGGGUCAAGGCGGGAUUCUGUCCCAAUUACUUCAUCCGAGUUAACAACUUGUUCCAGAGGAAAAUACACGGACAAAAUCAACAAAUACUGUUGGAGAUUUUGGACAACUACUCUCAGAUUCAAGGUGUAUGCCUAUCAGUAGGAAACUUUAAAAAACCUUCAAUUUUGGGGAAUUUUUUUUGUGACACUUCAAUACCUGAGCUUCUUUGCCCAAGGACUUUACAAGAAAAUAUUAUGGAUCAGGAUUCGCAUAUUCUUCCUAUGAUAUCGGUUUUAUCAACAUAUACCACAGCAUCAAUGAUCACCGGAAAGGCAUUAAACUUAUAUUUAUCACAGUCUAAUUUUGAGGAAAUGUACAUAUACAUGUAUGUCCAAGUUAUGAAUAUUGUCAGAUAUCUUUCAUUAGGACUAAUCUCUAAUGGUCUGUGUGGAAAUGAGGCUGCCCCGGGUAACAAGGCCAAAUACCAGCGUCUGAGGAAAUGUAAGUACUUGAUGACUCCCGUGGCUUUAUUCGGUACAGAAGGGUUGUAUUUAGCAACUUUUCAUUUUUUGACUGGAAAUAUCAGCAAAUGCCUGGAGCUUAGCAGACGAAUAUUGAAACUAGCAUCAUUUUUCAAAUAUGGCUAUAAACUUGAUCCAGAACUGUGCACAUUGUACAGACACAUGUAUCAUCCUGGCUGCACAUUAGAAAGGCUCCAGAAAACGUACAUCGACAGCAUUAUAUGUGUACGCGAGCACAUGCAUCUUCCUCAUCUCUGUCUAGAGCUGCACAUAGAAGGAAGAAUAAUAAGCAUUCCACCUCUACCAUAUGUCUUGUUCCUGAACUUCCUUUGUUAUCACGAGAUUGGAGACACCAGAGGGCGUGAUGAAGCAUUAAACCACCUGAUACAGAUUCAGUAUCACAAGGAACAAGGAGGACAUAAGUACUGGAUCGUUCACACACUUCUGGGGAUCUGUUAUCAAACACUCGGGAACUAUCAAAGGGCCAUCAGGGCUUACUGGGAGUCAACACAAUCACAGGCUGCUUUUCCUGCGUGGAACACUGGUAUUCACAGAAUAGCAAUAGUGUAUCUAUGUAUGUAUGUCUCACAGAGGUCUGACAGAGGAUAGUUGUGGUGUAUCUAUGUAUGUCUCACAAAGGUCUGACAGAGGAUAAACUAGGUGUAUCUAUGUAUGUCUCACAGAGGUCCUACGGAGGACAGCUGUGGUGUAUCAAAUGAACGAAUGUUAAAUGUGUCCUAAUUGAUGGAGUAUUUUGAAUUUCUCAUCAUGCAGGAGAUGCUCAGCUCAAUCUAUUAGCUGUAUGAACUUAUCUUCCGAUUACGUCACUUCAACUCAAUGACAGCCAUUCUCAAAUAGAUAAGAACUGCAUUAGAGACACGGAAACUGACAAAAACUUUUAUUGCUUCUUAACUAUCACCUGCAAAAAAGGUAUCUGCGAUAUCUCUACAAUCAUCAGAUUUGCAUACUGGAGUUCAGAUUGCGUAUUCAGAAAACUGUGUGGAGUGGGAAACAACUUUUAGUCAAUUAUAAAAAUAUGGGUAUAACGGAGAGUGUAAUGUAGUAACAAGUAUAACCCCCGCUUUUCCAUGAUUGGUUUGGAUGAUUUGUGAAGCUGCCUAUUUACAUGUAUGGUACUAUAACCAAAUCAAACAUGUUCUAUGUUUAGUAAGAACUAAGUGCUCAUUAUUAAAGAAAAAGAGGCAUUACAUUAGAACUGGUAAUUCGGCAAAAUAUUUGCAUAGAGCUAAGCUAAGCCUCAUAGAGUCAUCUAACUACAUAUCAAAUUUUAGUAAAAUCCAUUGAAAACAAAGCAAAUGCAUAGCCGGACAAGCUAGUAACCAUAAAGGGGCAUAACUCUAUGAAAAGUUGUUUUUUUUCGGAAGAAGCUGUUACUGGAGACACAACUUCAUGCCAUCCUUCAACUCUGUAUAAGUUUCAAGAAACAACAUAAAAAACUAAGUGAAUGCAUAGCGGGACAAAAUUAUUAUACAUUUUGUAUGAAAAAGGGGCAUAACUCUGUUAAUCAAGGUACUGAAAGUACUGAAGACACAGGGGUGCACAUUUUUUUUUGCAGUCAUGAGACAGGUAGGCGGAGCUUAUUCUGGGUGUUGUAAGUUGUAGUAAUGUAAUUUGAAAAGUCGAGUACUCUACUUCACCCAUAUACUAUUUUCGUGAUCAUGAUAAUGAAAAUAAUUGCACUAUUUCAUGGAUUCAAAAUGUUUUUUUUAAAUAUAAUAAAAGAUGGUUAUUGGCUUAUAUUGAAACUAGAAAUGGCAUUUACACCUCUAGCAUAGUCAAAGGGGACGUAACUCCAUACUAUAUGGAUUGUAAGGGUAGCACAAAUUUGUUUCAAUAUAUACACUCAUAAGCAAACAAUACUUGUUGUGUUGAUAACAUCUUUGCUAUCAUAUAUAUAAUGAAUAUAAUGAUUAUGUAAUAUAUGUAUCUACACAGUGUACUGGUGAAUUAACCUACUGAAUUUGUUGUUAGGCAAUACCUUGGUACACUAAUACCAAAAUAAUAUAUUAAUAGUGCAAGCAGUAGAUGGUUUAUGCUACAAAUUCCAACAUUCUACACAUAUCUGCCAGAAACGGGUGAUUUAUUGUCUUUAAUUCUUUGUUUGCAACAAGCUGCAACUUGUUAUUGCUAUAAAUGUCAAGCAUAAUUUUAACUCAUCAAGGGCAAAGUAACAGAUCAGUCAUAUAGGCAUUAGGACGUCGCCGAAAAUAGCACAACAGAGUAUAGGUAUUAACAAACAACGGAGUACAGAGAUUAAAUGUCCCGUCACAAUAUCAAAUUCGACAAACUGAAAUCCUCAGGAGGAGCGAGGACUUUCAUGUCUUGGAGACAUAUUUAUAAUUUCCAAAAAAUAAAUCCUUUCUAUAUAUAUGUGUCUAUACAGGCAUGAGAGAAUAAGACGAUAUCUCAAUGUUGUCCACAUCAUACAUACUGUACCUCUCAAAAAUAAAAAUACUCAUUAACAAAA